GGUACACUAUAAGAGUUGGCGUCAACGACAACAUGCAUCCGCUAGACUGAGGGAAUCGAGUGUACCUACUUGCAAUGCUUGCAAUGUAUCCGGCAUCAGCCUCUGCUUUCCACAGUAACUAGAAAGACAUAACCAGUUUAAACAAUUGGGUCACCGAGAAGAACAAUUAUAUUGGCCUCAUAUAUUUAUUAUAAACCGUCACAAUGGCAGCCGACAAAGAUGACCGUGGGAUAAUAAAUGGCAAAUCAGAUAAUUCCCUCGGAGAAACAAGCUUUGAAGGCCGUCUCCAUUUGAAGAAUUUCGUGUUUAAGGGACCAAGCCAAAACCCGUCAUCUAUAUCAUCACCACGUCGAAGUCAGAGGCUAUCAACAUCAACAACACCCCAGUCCGUCGUCUCAUCUCAACCGUCACCGUCACCGUCACUCUCAUCAUCAGAAGCGCCAACCAACUCCAAGAAGCGCAAAACGCGGCUGGGGACAUCAGAUGCGGAAGAGAGCAGCAACAGCAACAGCAAUAGCAGCAGUAGGAAAACCACCCCCCUAACAACACCAGCCUCGGCAUCUCCCAAGAAAAAGCGAUCCCGGGGCCCAUCCUCCUCCUACGCCCCGCCCUCCACAUACGCGCACCUGCCCCUCCUCCCGGACGCCAUCGCGCCGAACCUGCUGAUCCUGUUCAUCGGGCUGAACCCGGGGCUGCAGACGGCGCGCGUGGGCCACGCGUACGCGCACCCGUCGAACCUCUUCUGGAAGCUCCUGCACUCGUCGGGCAUCACGCCCGUGCGCUGCCGCGCGCACGAGGACCAGACGAUGCCCGCGCGCUUCGCCCUCGGCCACACUAACAUCGUGGCCCGCCCCUCGCGCAGCGGCGCCGAGCUGAGCCGCGCCGAGAUGGACCAGGGCGUCGCGGUCCUCGAGGCCAAGUGUCGCCGCUGGCGGCCCGAGGUCGCGUGCAUCACGGGGAAGAGCAUCUGGGAGAGCGUGUUCCGCGUGCGCCGCGGGCGGUCCCUGGCGAAGGGGGAGUUUAAGUACGGGUGGCAGGAGGAGAGGAUGGGUGUUGUUGUUGCUGACGGAAAGAAUGGGGAUGGGGGUGGUGGAGACGAGCCUUGGGAGGGUACGAGGGUGUUCGUGGCGACUAGUACGAGCGGGCUCGCGGCGACGCUAAGGCCGGAGGAGAAGGAGAGGAUAUGGAAGAUUUUGGGAGAUUGGUGCGUGGAGAGACGUAAAGAAAGAGAAGAUGCUGCUGCUGCUGCUGCUGUUGUUGUUGUUGCUGAGGAUAGUAAGGAUUUUGGAACGUCAAAUUUGACAUGAACAGAAGAGCUGCUUUGCCUUCUAUUAUUGCUGCUACAAACGAGGAUUACCAUGCAUAGCGAGUCUUUGCUACUUCUUUCACGAGAUAUACCCCUAGUUCGAGUUGAUGAGUUUCAGUCUACAUAGCUAAAUACUAUUGUUAAUACACGUUUAUAUCGAUAUUGGUAGACUUGUAGCAUAUCACGAAUUAGAAGGCCAUGCAUCUAGAACGUUAUUGCUGAGAUAGUGUUAUUUUAUCUAGGAGAGAACUCCCGCAACUUGGCCUCUGCGGC